GGACUCGUCUGCGGCCAAGGGCCCUGUCAACCCUAUGAUGGACGUGGCGGAGUUCGCACCCCGCGAUGUCCGUAGCCAUUUUGGCUCAAGUCAUUCUGCCAUCCGCGAACUGUUCGGUACACGUCCGGCGAUCUUCUCUCUGCGCAAUGGCUAGGCUGCUUCUUGCCGCCGCGGAGAUUGCCGCCGUGGUCGGUCUGAACGUCCACGAUGCUCCCUCCGGCGACGCACUAACGCGCACGGGCGUCGCUACAGUGCUUGACCCAGAGUUGACCAACGCUGCCCUCGAGAAGUUCCACGUCACCACUCCGGGGGAGCACGCCGUCAUCGUGCUGCCCGAGAAUGCAGACCUGGAGAACCCGGCCGCUGCCGACCUGAUUGUUUACGCCACGUUCGGGAAGCUCACCGACGAUGCAUGCGAGGACCUCCUCAUUCGCACUGUCACAUUUGAGGGAAGCUCCGUCGGGACAAACGUCACAAAGCUUGUAUUCAACGUGGGGAGCGAUAAUUUCAACGACACGGCAGCCCAUGAAUACACGUACACCUUUACUGACAGUGGAGGCAACCCCCAGGACGUUACCAACACUGACGGCAGGCACCUCUUCGAGAAUGUCCCGAUGUGCUACAUGGGUACUCCGCGGGGCUUCAUCAGAGAGCCCACCUACAGGACCUACAUGCACCGCCAGAGGAUCAUGCAGGUGGAGUGCAGCCUGAGCAGCGGCCAGCACGACAUCAAGGUGUUCUGGAGCACAGUGUGGCGGGGGUUUAACAGCACAACCAACUCGUCCAUCUUCGCCAACGACCUCUCCUUCAGCAUCGGGAACGUGGCGAACGCGGGGGGCAUCCUCGGCUCUGACGACCACUCGGCGAUCUCCGCGGCGAUCCCUGGCUGCAACAAGAAGCAGCCGGUCCUCGGCCCCUACCAGACAAGGAAGGGGAAGCCGAGGGGGAAACCCUGGAAGCGCGCGCACCACUUCCGCUGAGAGCGGUUUAGGUUCCCGCGGCGGCGCCCACAGCGCCUCGGGCGCCACCCCCAGCGCCGCGAGCCCUACCAGCGUCGCCAGCGGCCCUGGAGACGGCGAUGGCCCCGAUGCCCCACCGCCAGAGGAUGGCCUUCGCCCACCUCGCUCGAACACCCGUGAACGACUUCUUGCCUCUCGCCAAGGUGUCAGUUGCCCACGCUGAUGUGCAGCGCGGAUCCCGCGAAGCGCGCUUCCGGCGCCAGCUCCUCAGCUCGCUGUCAUUCGCGCGACCCCCUCGCAGCGCGCAGGUGCCCGCGGCGGCGCCCCGGCGCGCCCAGGCCCCACUUCGGUGGGGGUCCGCUCGCCUGCGGCAGGCCCGCCGCCCGCUGCGCUCUCGUCGUCUUGGGCGGGCGCGGCCCGGCGUCGCUCUGCUUCCCCGUGCCUCGGUGCGUUCCGGCGCGGCUGCUUGGGCCUAGCCGUCGGACACUGGAGGCUCUCGCUGGGGGGCAGCCAAAAAUAUAUCGGCA